GCUUUCAAGUGGUCGUCAUGGAGGCCAUCGCAGGACUUAGCCUUGCAGCUAAUAUUCUGCAGGUUGUGGACUUCACCACGAAAAUCUUUUCGACUGCGAAUGAGUUUCGCAAAGCAGGUUCCACUGUCCAGAAUCACGAGUUAGAAGUGGUAGUUCGAGAUUUAACGGCGCUCAAUGAACGUACCAAAUUGUGGGCUCGCCCUAAUCCGGCCAGUUCAGGCCCGUUGGAGAAGGACAGCCAGGCACUCGAACAUCUGGCUGUUGAGUGCCAGAACAUUGCCCAAGAACUUCUCAUCAAGCUCGAGUCAUUGCGAUGUUCCAAAGAGGCGACCAUACACAAAACGAUCCUCAGCGCACUGAGAGUAAUUUGGAACGCGAAAACGAUUCAGGAGAUCCAGUCUCGACUUCAAACAAUGCGUGAUGAGCUUCAAUUCAGGAUCUUGGUCUCUAUCAGGGAAGAUCAAUUGCAAGGAUUAGACGAAGACAGUCGAAAGGCCAUCCAAAGUAUAUUGGAAAGCAACAAAGAAUUGUCUAUGAAAGUGACUUCACAAACCGAAAAGAUCCUGGAUCGACAGAAUGCGGACAGUGCACUAGCUUCAUUGCGCCACAAUGAGGUCUUGCAUGCCAUCACCAACCGAAAGUUGCAGCAGUACAGUAUACAAGAUGUGACACGCGAAAUCAAGGAUCGUUUACAUUUCACCACAAAAGACGACAGAUACGAUGACAUCACUGCCGCCCAUCAAAAUACCUUCAAUUGGGCCUUAGAAGGAUGCACGAAAGGUCCCUCAAGCUGGUCCAGCCUCACAGACUGGCUUCGAGCGGAUGGUGGCGUGUAUUGGAUUAACGGGAAGGCCGGAUCUGGGAAGUCAACAUUGAUGAAGUAUCUGUAUCGAGACUCCCGCUUUAUGGAGGCGCUGAGGUUCUGGGCCGGAGAAGAUCGUUUGAUAGUUGCCGACUUUUACUUCUGGAACCCAGGUGCCCCCAUCCAAAAGUCACAGGAAGGCCUGUUUCGUUCGUUGCUUUGGCAGGUGCUCGACCAGAAUGCGUCUCUGGCAUCUACACUUUUUGCGGAGCAGUACCUACCCCGCGCAGAAUGGAACGAAUUUCCUACUUUUCACCAACUGCGUCGAGCGUUUGGAAGACUCACGAGCCAUUCUCUCAAUUCGACGAAGCUUGCAAUAGUAAUCGAUGGUCUGGACGAAUUCGAUGCUCAGGGAACGACGAUGACGGACCUUGGGGAGAUGUUAAUCACUGCCACCAAAGGUAACAGUGUCAAAGCUCUUUUAUCAAGCAGGCCGCUUCCGGCUUUCGUGGAUUGUUUCGCUAGUCAGCCGCAGCUCGAGCUCCAGCAGCUCACACAUGACGAUAUUACAGCUUAUGUGAAUGACAAUCUGGUACAGCACCCGCAGAUGGUGCAUUUGACAGCUGAUCACAACAAGGAAGCUAAAGCGCUUGUGGAGGAGAUAGUCAGCUCAGCUUCAGGUGUUUUCCUAUGGGUUAAACUUGUAGUGAGGUCACUUCUUGGAGGUCUACAAAAUGGCGAUAAGAUCGGGGAUCUUCAAUCACGACUACAAGACUUACCGCGAGAUCUUGAGGCGCUUUUUACACACAUGCUGAGUGCCGUGCCUGCCCGCUACAAACCACAAGCGGCAUGCAUAUUCCAAAUACUCCGAUGCAACGACGAAGGCAUUGGGCACCCUCAUCCAUUCCGCCAGGUCGAGGCAAGGCCGUUGUCCGCUAUUAGACUUUCCUAUGCCGAAGCAAAGAUUAAUGAAAUCUUAGACGCAGACAUCUCUCCAUUAUCAGAAGAUCAGAUGAGGGGCAAAGAGGGCGAGAUAGAACGUCGACUACGAAGCCGUUGCGCAGGUCUUUUAGAGCUCCGCUUACGAGCCAAAUCCCAGGAAGAACAAACGAGUCAGAUCCGCCAACGUGUUCAGAAGGACGUAGUCUAUCUUCACAGAACUGUUGCCGAAUUUCUUCACGAACCAAAAACUUGGAAUGAGCUGGUAAGCCAUGCAGACAGGUUGGGAUUUCAUGCUCCUGCAGCUGUGCUACAAUCAUUGGUGGCAGAAGUCAAGUUUUUCAACCUGGGACUGCAACCACAGGCCAAUUGUGAAGUUCCUUGGGAGCUUAUAAUAGACGCGAUGAUUUUUGCGCGGCUUACGGAGGCACAAACUCAGACCAGCGCCCGAAGACUUCUCGACGAACUUGAUAGAGCAAUGACGACUUACGUACCGACAGCUACAGGAAGAUGGAAGGGAGGCAAUUACGAUGGAGCAACUUGGUGCGAUACCUUCGAAGAGGAUUACAACAGAGCUGCGCCUUGGCAUGACAACUUCAUGUCUUUGAAUGUGAGGUUUGGCAUGACAUUAUACGUUCGAGACACGAUUCUCGCAAAAGGCUCGCGUUGCUUGAUCAAACCUGGUAGACCGCUACUCGAUUACGCCUGCAGACCUGAGCCAAGACGUGGAGAAUGGUCAGCCUUCAGCGACCCUGACCUCGUUCAGACCUUAUUGCUAAAUGGUGCUAAGCCGAAUGAUGAGUUCAACGGGUUCAGUGCCUGGCAAAACUGUCUGUAUACACAGAACGAAGACACUUUCAAGUGGCUAUCAAUAUUGAAACUCCUAGUUCUGCAUGGGGCAGAUGUUAAUGCUUCCAUUGAGAAGAGGCAUUACCAACGGCGAAGUUAUGUGGUUGGUAUCGAAAAGACCACUGCAUUAGCUGUAGUCCAGAGAUUCUCCAAAAGCCUUGGAGCAGAGGAUUCUGCCGAGAGAAGGGAGGGGCUCCGCGAGUAUGGACCAUCAUGGCCCAUGACCAGACAAUCUGCAACGGAAACCAAAUCGAACGUUAAGGAAUUGAAGGCAUUGCUCAUCAAGAGAGGCGCGAAGGACGUGUGCAAAGGGAGCAAGGAAGUGUACAAAGGGAGCAAGAAAGUGUACGAAGGGAGCAAUUCAAGGCUCUAUGGUGAACGAGUGACGCGAUUUAUGAAAAGUUUGCUUCGAAGGGACCGCGGGUGAUGGCUUGGGCUGAUUACAGCCCGAUGAUGCAAGUUGGUCAAGGCCUAUCAAGCCAAUGAAGAGGUUGCCUGUUAUAUUUGAACUGAAGGUCGACUGAUGUAAACAGCUGAGUUGUUCAUGGAAGUUCUGAAGGCGGAGCAAUUCUUGUUGUAUACACUAUCAGCCCAAAGUGAGCCCAGACUAUCAGUCUUUUCAAAGCCACCCCGCCCUCAGCAGCUUAUUUCCGAACUCCAAAAGAUAGUAAUCUGCAUAAACUAACCCAUGAUCAGCGUAUUUCUUGUGCGCAUGCUCAUUCCAGUUCGUUGUGCUGUUCCUCAGUAUACACUCGAAACCUGUUUCUUUGAUUUUCAGCUCCGAUGCUGUCGCGCCACCGUUAACGCCAUUCCCAUUCACCAUAGCCUUGACCGGUGCUU